AUGAUAGUUUUUAAUUUUACUUUAAUUUUAAUGAAAAGACCAAAUUGGGAAAAUAUAACAAUUAUAUCUAGUAGUUUUAAUUCUUCAACUAAAAUUAUUAAAGAAGAAGCUGGCCCUUUUGUUAUUUUUAAUCAAACACAUAUUAUACCUAAAUAUGUGCCUUAUAGUCAAGCAGAAAAAGCUCAAUUACAAUAUGCUGUAUGUUUAUUUAAUUACUAUAAUAUUUUAUAA